ACCGUGCUCGAUCUGCUUUUGCGCCACACACCAGCGGGGACUUCUACCCAAACCAUGAUCCAUUUCGCCCAAGGGGUGAAUGCCAAGAAAUUCCAGCAUUUCGACUGGGGAAGAGCGAAGAACAUGCAGUUCUACGGCCAAAAGGAACCUCCCGAGUACGACUUGUCAAAGGUCGUCACACCCACGUUCCUCUAUUGGGGAAAGGACGACUGGCUGGCCAAUCCCACAGACGUGGAGUGGUUAUCGAACCGAUUACCGGCGUCGAGCCUGAUCGGUUGUUAUCCAGCGAACUUCAGCGCUUGGAAUCAUCUGGACUUCCUCUACGGCGAGGAUGCCAAGAAUUUCGUCUAUGACAAAAUCCUUUCCAUGAUGAAACUAUUCCAGAAAUAGAAAGUACUUCCCGGCUUGGAAUUGUACAUACAGAAUCCGUAAAUAUUAUUUUUCAAUGUCAUUGAACCGGUA